AAGAGGGGGGAGGGGGGGGAUUAAGAUUAUUGCCUUCUGGGUUUCUUAAAUCGUUUCUGAUAGGGAAGAAGAGAUAAUGUGGUUGUUUAGUAGAAAGGGACCGUCUGGGUUUUCUGCUUGUUCAACAGCAGAGGAAGUUACAAAAGGAAUAGAUGGAACUGGUCUCACUGCCAUUGUUACUGGAGCAUCAAGUGGCAUUGGUGCUGAGACCACGCGUGUUCUCGCCUUGCGUGGUGUUCACGUUGUUAUGGGGGUCAGGAAUAUGGCUGCUGGAAGGGAUGCCAAAGAAGCAAUCAUUAAGGAAAUCCCCACUGCUAAAGUGGAUGCUAUGGAGUUAGAUCUCAGUUCAAUGGCAUCAGUAAGGAAAUUCGCAUCAGAUUUCAAUUCCUCAGGUCGUCCACUGAACAUACUCAUUAACAAUGCAGGAGUCAUGGCAACGCCAUUCAUGCUUUCCCAGGACAAGAUAGAGCUGCAGUUUGCAACGAAUCACUUAGGCCAUUUUCUUUUGACUAAUCUCUUGUUGGAUACCAUGAAGAGUACGGCACAUAAAAGUAAGAAUGAGGGAAGGAUUGUAAUUGUUUCAUCUGCAGCUCACCGCUUUGCAUAUCCUGAAGGAGUUCGUUUUGAUAAAAUCAAUGAUAAAUCAGUGUACAGCAGGAUGGGAGCAUAUGGCCAAUCAAAGCUUGCCAACAUAUUGCAUGCUAAGGAACUUAAUAGGCAUCUCAAGGAAGAGGGGGUUCCAGUAACUGCAAAUUCACUUCAUCCAGGAACUAUUGUGACCAAUCUUUUUCGUCAUCAGAGCAUUUUAAAUGGUUUUAUCAAUACCCUUGGUAAAGUUCUACUUAAAAAUAUUCCUCAGGGAGCAGCAACCACAUGUUAUGUGGCACUGAAUCCUCAAGUUAAAGGGGUUGGUGGUGAGUAUUUUUCUGAUAGCAACCUUACCAAAUCGACCUCACAAGGUGAAGAUAUGGGCUUAGCAAAGAAGCUUAUGGAUUUCAGCAUGAGUUUGAUCAACAAUUCAUAGACGUAUUGUCAAUUUUUAAUUGGAUCUAUUAAUUAUGGUUUAAAUUCUUAAAUUAUUUUUAUAUCAUCUUCUUCAUAUUGUUAAUAUUCACUUGUUUAUGGAGAGGUCAUAAAUGAUCAUGCUAGAGUAUCC